AGAGAAGAGCAGAGGCACACACGAGACUAACUCCUGAAGAACACAGGACAUGAGAGGAGGAGAGAGCUAAAAGGAGGGGGGUGAGAGAGAGAGAGAGCUAGAGAGAGAGACAGAGGGAGGGAAAGAGAGGACAUUUAAAGCUGCUUCAUCCACCUGAAGAUCAGUUUGUUUCUCUGAGGGGCAUCGAGGGGAGGAAAAGCCAGCCGAUACGGCGAGGAGGUCCGAGCUCUGCCUCAUCCAGAUCCGCCCAGUCCCCCAGCGCAAAGUGCCCAAGAAGAUCUGCAUACCGACACAAACCAGGGGGCAACCCCCUGGGGCAAAGAGCCAGAGCAGGGGGGACAAAGGAGGAGGUGCGCGGAAAGACGGAGAGAGACAGAGGAGAGGAACUCGCCAACCAUCCUGAACUCCAACUGCAGAGCAGGCAGGAGAUCUUCCGGAAAGGACGACAGCAGAUCGAGAAGAACCAGGAGUGGACUGCCUUCUGUGGAUUUCACAGCCAGCCAAACGCGUGAUCUUUGGAUAAACGCACGCCGACUCUUGGCUCAGCGUCAGCACCAUGUUCUCCGUCAGCCUGGGGAUCCUCAGCACACUCGUCCUGGUGAUGACCGUCCCGCCAUCGUGGUCCGAAGAGCAGGACCCCGGCGAUGGAGCAGAGGAGACGCUCCGGCGCGUGAAGAGGGGCUGGGUGUGGAAUCAGUUCUUCGUCCUGGAGGAGUACACUGGCCUGGAGCCCCUAUACAUUGGAAAGCUCCACUCGGACAUGGACAGGGGCGACGGCUCUAUCAAGUACAUCCUGUCAGGCGAGGGGGCAGGUACCGUGUUCACCAUCGACGACGUCACUGGCGAUAUCCACGCCGUGCAGCGGCUGGACCGGGAAGUCAAGGCCCAGUACGUGCUGCGGGCCCAGGCCCUGCAGAGGCAAACGGGCCGCCCCCUGGAACCCGAGUCUGAGUUCAUCGUCAAGAUCCAGGACAUCAACGACAACGAGCCCAAGUUCCUGGAUGGGCCUUACCAGGCCACCGUGCCGGAGAUGUCUGAAAUUGGUACCUCUGUGAUCCAGCUGACGGCGACGGACGCGGACGACCCCACCUACGGGAACAGCGCCCGGGUGGUGUACAGCAUCCUGCAGGGACAGCCCUACUUCUCUGUGGAACCACAAACAGGCAUUGUGCGUGUCUCUCUGCCAGACAUGGACCGGGAGGUCCGUGAGGACUACCAGAUCGUCAUCCAGGCCAAGGACAUGGGGGGGCAGCUGGGGGGGCUGGCCGGCACCACCACCGUCAACAUAACCCUGAGCGACGUCAACGACAACCCGCCAAGGUUCACUCAGAGGCUAUAUCAGAUGAGUGUCCCAGAGUCGGCACCAGUCGGGUCAGUGGUGGGCCGGAUCAGAGCCAAGGACCGCGAUGAGGGCAUCAACGCAGCAGUGAAGUACUCCAUCAUCGACGGCGAUGGCCGGGACUGCUUUCACAUUAGCACCGACCCUACCAACCAGUUUGGCAUCAUUACUGUCAAAAAGCGGCUGGACUUUGAGACCAAGCGCAGCCACACUCUGAAGGUAGAGGGCGCCAACACACAGCUGGACCCGCGCUUCCUGAGCCUGGGGCCCUUCAGUGACGUCACCAUCGUGCACAUCAGUGUGGAGGAUGUGGACGAGCCCCCGCUCUUCGAUGCCCCCGCCUACUUCGUGGAGGUGCCCGAGGACGCCGAGGUGGGCACCGCGCUGAAGAUGGCCUACGCCCGGGACCCCGAUGCGGCCAAUAACUCCAUAAGGUACUCCAUCGAGAAGACCAGUGACCCUGGGAAGUACUUCUACAUUGACAUCACAUCCGGAGCACUGAUGACUGUGAGGCCACUGGAUCGAGAGGAGGUUGCCUGGCACAACGUCACCCUGCUGGCAAUGGAGAUGAAUAAUCCCUCUCAAAUCGGCAGCGUGUCAGUCACGGUGAAGGUACUGGAUGUCAAUGACAACCCCCCCCAGCUGGCACAAUACUAUGAAGCUUUCGUCUGCGAGAAUGCGAAAGCUGGGCAGCUGGUUCAGACAGUGACAGCUGUGGACCUUGAUGACCCACUUGGGGGGCAGCACUUCUACUACAGCCUGGCACCCGAGGCAGCCAACAACCCCAACUUCACGCUCCGGGACAACCAAGAUAACUCAGCCUGGAUCCUGACGCGACGCGGCGGGUUCUCUCAACGUGACCAGAGCAUCUACCGGCUGCCCAUCUUCAUCUCUGAUGGCCAGAAGCCGGUGCAGACCAGCACCGGUACUCUGACAGUGCGUGUGUGCAGCUGCGACGGUGGUGGCACCGUGAUCUCCUGCAACGCCGAGGCCUAUGCAUUACCUGCCAGCUUGAGCCGUGGAGCACUCAUCGCCAUCCUGGCCUGCGUCUUCGUUCUCCUCGUGAUGACUCUGCUAGUCCUGUCUCUCCGGAGCCACCGCAAGAAGCCAUACCUGUGCGACGAGGAGGAGAACGUGCACGAGAACAUCGUGCGGUACGACGACGAGGGCGGUGGCGAGGAGGACACGGAGGCCUUCGACAUCGCCGCCAUGUGGAACCCCCGGGAGGUGCACCUGGGCCGGAUCCGGCAGGACAUGGUGCCCGAAAUCGAGAGCCUGUCGCGGCACGUGCCGCAAGUUCCAGUAUCCGGCGGCGGCGUGCAUGGUUAUGUGCUGGCCAAGCUCUUCGAGGCUGACCUGGACCCCUGCGCACCCCCCUAUGACUCGCUCCAGACAUACGCCUACGAGGGGGAGGGCUCAGUAGCCGAUUCGCUUAGCUCGCUGCAGUCCGCCACCUCCAACGGCGACCACGAUUAUGACUAUCUCAGUGACUGGGGGCCCCGCUUCCGGAAACUGGCCGAGAUGUAUGGGGCGUUGGAGGCGAGCGGCCCACUCUGGUAGCUCCCCCCCCUUAACCCCUGGCAAGAUCUGCCCUCUCCUCACCUUUGACCUCUGACCUCCGACCCCUUGAACUCUCAAGUUCACAUUGCUGCAGACAUACCAUUGUGCUCCAGUGCAGAGGAGGCCGGCUUUUCAGGAUGGGCCUUAGGGGCUGUCAGGGAGGUCAGAAACAACCUGCUCCUCUUGACAUUAUACUCCCGUGAGCCUCCGGCGAAUGGGGGAAGCGGGAAAUCAGGCGAGCGGUUCAUUCGAUAGGGGGCAGUCUCUAGUUCUGAUGUGGAAUACCAUGGAGAAGAGCAUGGAUGUUGGGGAAUUCUCUCUCACCCCUUUGUGUUUUUAGUAUUUCUAGCUAGACUGGCUAAUCCCGUGCUAGUGAAAAGAGCGUGGAAUUUUGGGAGAAUCCUGUUUUAUGUUAGACAACCUGCAAGUCCAUCAUCCAGUAUUUGUCACUGUUAGAAAAAUGUCAGUCUCCUAGGCUCCAGUAACACCUGUUCUGGACAGUUAUAUCUAUUUAUUCAUGCGUGGUAUAUAUAGUUUAUAUAAAUUAUUGGCUGAGAACUCACACGCAAAACAAACAUGACGUUUAAACCUAAUGAUGUAACGUGGUUAUCGUACUGGUGUUUGGAUAGUAAUUCCAUUUUUAUGUGUAUUUAAAGAAAUUCCCCAGAAAUUCUGAAUGUUUCCAGGCAUUCAGGAAGUUCGCAGAUUGUAAUCCCAUGUGGAUUUUAUGGUUGAUAUGUUUAAUGUAUUCCAUAGACUUUUUUCAAUUUUUUCUUUUGGUUGGUCUGGAUGAUGCACAGGUAGGGGAAAAAAACAGGAACAAAAAACAGUAAACCUCAUUGGGUGACCUGUCUUGAAACACUCCCAGUGACUUCCAUGGCUGACACUGUACUAAGUAAUUCUGGAGCGACAUCAUUAUAGGAAAAAAAGUCCCGUUUCCCAAAACUGCUGACUCACCAUGCCAAUUCGAGUUGAAGGUGUCUGAAGGUCAUGCUCCACAGAAGCCGUCACAGCUUCUUGUGAAAAACAGGCUUUUAUUUUGGUAAUUGUGCAUCUCUGAGAAUCCUCCAUUUUUAAAAUGGCUGCCUGCUACUUAGACCACAGCCAUGUCGUCAUUGCUCAAGCCCUACAUUGGCAACUGCCCCGUUCCACCAGAACCACGGGGUACCGCUCGGACCGGACUGCGAGCCUGGCCAUCUGCAGAAGUGCCAAACAUACUGUGGACCUUCCAAAUGGAGUGGAAAGCAGAGCUGUCCUACAGGGAGGAUGGCCAAAGGUGUGCGGACUUCAAUGUGUGAGACCUGUCAGAAGCCAGUCUGCCUUGAGACUACCAAGGUGUAUCUGAAUGUAUAUAGUUUUUGUAUAUUUGGUUAUAAAAACAUCUGACAAA